CUCGCUCUUAGCUCUCCUAUGGGCAAAUUUUGGACAAUUAGAGCUCCUUAUUUGCUCCAAAAUGGUUUCAUUUCGCUGAACACUCCUAAAAUGCUUAAAGGAAGUACAAGUGAACAAGUCAGGAAUCAAGCACAACAGGAGAUGCAAGAUUUUUGGGAGCGUAAUAUCAAGGCAAGCCGUCCUCGAGCUCCACAUCUCUCAAUUUAUAAACCCCCUCUUGUUAUGAAUUUGUCUCUUAUGCAUAGAGCUACCGGGAUUGCUAUGGGAAUAGCUUGGGCUGGAAUUGGAUGCUCUGCCUAUUUAUUCACCGGACAUUAUGAUGAGGCUCUGAAUUUCAUUAAGGAAUUCCAAAUGGGUGACCUCACUCUCGGCGUGGUGAAGUUUAUCCUCUGUUACCCUCUAGUAUACCAUUAUUUGAAUGGUAUGAGGCAUUUGGUAAGCUUACAAAUUGCUUGGGACUAUGCCAUUGGAUUCAAAAUGAGUACAAUCUAUAAAACCGGUUAUGGAGCAAUUAUAUCAUCUUUGGUAGUUGCGGGUCUUCUGGCCUCGUUGAAAUUAUAA